AUGUAUGAAGAAAGAGAAUCCAAAUGGAGUCGAGUGGAGGAUAGAGGGUCCAGGGGUUAUGGAGACAGACGAGCCAAAGACAGUUUUGAGAAUCGACGCUCCAGACAUAGUAUGUCUCGUUCAGUACGAGCUGGGAAUGACAGGGAGGAUCGUCUGGGGAGGAAUGACAUGUACUUCUCCCACUCAGGGAAUCAAGAUCAGGUCCCUUACAUGGAAAAAGGGGAUCACAGCGGGCAGGGAUCUGGUAAUGAUCGGUCUGAAACUGGGAUACACAGUGAGAUCCUGCAGUUCAAGGUUGGGGUGGAAGGGAAGGAGACACUUGAAGCGGACCCAGUUUUGCUUGAAGACGGGCUUGACCUCAUCAAUGAGAUGCUGGAAGAGGAGGUUUUUGAUGUUGUAGAAAUGGAAGUAGAGUUGGCUGAGGGAGAAGUGUGUACUGAAGAUGAUUUGAAGUUAAUGAAAGAGCUUGGGCAGAACGAGGAUCUGGCAGCUGUGGAACAGGGAUUCAGCGAGUUGGGUGAUGAUAACCAUGUCGAUGAGGAUGAGGGUAUGGAAGCUGAUGCUGUGAAGGAUUUUAAACAUCCAGGUUCAGAGGAAAAUGUGCAGCUUGCAGAUGUUGAGCAGGACAAGGAGAGUAAGGACGAAGCCGCUAAGAAACAGGUAGCUCGUAAGCGCCUGUUUAAAACUGCAGUGAGCUUGCGAGGAGCUACAUCGAAGCAGAGAAUGGUGAAGGCUAUUCUAUCUCCGAGGAAGAAAGCAGGUUCUAAGCAUGCACCUCGUCCAGGGGAUGGGGGCAAGCAAGAGGAGAACAAGGGAACUUCAAUCCCUAACACUUCUAUUCCUAAGCCUUGA